AGCGGUGGGGCAGGUAGAACUCAAACCGAUCCUUUUCCCCCCUCCAGAACCCGCUCCUCCCUCGUGCUGGACAGACAUUUGGACACGUAGACGCAACAGGGACGCAAAAGGAGCCUAUCUCUGGUGAUUCUGUGCGACGUCAUGACCAAGGAGUUUGAAUCUCUGAUGGUUCUACAAAACGAGAGCUUCGGUCCGCAGCGCUUUUACGACAGCUACGUCAUGGACGCCUGGAAGUCUUACGGAGACGGAUCCAUGGUGGACCCGGAUCGCACCAAGACCAGGCUGAACACCGAGGAUGACAUCACCACCAUCUCUCUGCUCUGCGACCCCUUCAAGACCCAGAAGGAGCAGAAGCUGGUGGCCUGCAGUCGCAGUAGCAGCAUAUACAAGCCCCUGGAGAGGAACCUGAGCGCCACGCUGCCCGACCUGGCAGCCCUGGAGAGCCCCACCCACAUCAUGAAGCUGCUGUCCGACAGCAUUUCGGCCUCCCAGCCACAGGAGGCGCUGGACCUGAACAAGAAGCUGGCGCCCUUGUGCACGGCCAAGCCCGGCGGCCAGCCGGACGAGUUCAUCGUGCCCGGCGGCGAGACCUACGACCGUCACGCCAUCAACCACUUCUUCGACACCAUCUUGUCGCCUCCCGCGCAGCAGAAGUGGGGCGUCGAGGCCGGCUACAUGGACGCCGCGUCCGAGUCCCUGUCCUACACGGAGCCUCUGCUCGGGGAUCAGGCGAGCCCGGUGUACUCUGACUCCUACACAAACUCGCCCCCAGACAGAUACAGGUACGCCCUGCAGGACACGACAAACUACACUGCCCACUGCGUGCCCACAUGGAAUGACUUUCAGUUCAUCCUGGGGUCCCCUCGAGCCUCACAGCACAAGACCACCGACAUGCCCAUGGUCUACCUCAACAAGGGCCAGUUCUACCCCAUCACGCUGCAGGGCAUGGGCGCCGACAGCGCGGCCGGCCUCUCCUCCAGCAAAGUCAAGACGGUGAUCAUGGCGGUGUUCGAGAACGACAAGAACGCCGAGGUCCAGCUGAAGUGCUGGAACCACUGGCACGCCCGCCAGCCGACCAUCAAGCAGCGCGUCAUUGACAUCGCGGACUACAAGGAGGUCUUGAGCGGCAUCAGCAACGUGGAGGAAGUGGCCUUCAACGCCCUGUCCUUCAUCUGGAACACCAACGAAGAAGCCAAGGUGUACAUCGGCAUCAACUCGCUGAGCACAGACUUCUCCUCCCAGAAGGGGGUAAAGGGACUUCCUCUCAACCUUCAGAUCGACACCUACGACUUCAGCACAGGCAGCAACCGGCUGAUUCACAGGGCUGCCUGCCAGGUCAAAGUGUUCUGUGACAAGGGUGCGGAGAGGAAGAUGAGGGACGAAGAGAGGAAGAGGGUGAAGAGGAGGGGCAAGACCAGCGACAGCAGCAACAACAACAAUUCCAGCAGUAAGCAGUCAGCGGUGUCCAGCUCCAUCGGAGGAGACUGCACGUAUUUCAAAACCAUGGAUGACCUGGUGACCCAGCCCGUGCUGUUCAUCCCGGAGGUCCACUUCUCCAGCAUGCAGCGUAUUGGCCUGGCGCCCCCGACAACUCUAGAGGAGGCUGAAAGGACCUCGCUGAAGAGGAGAGCCUGCCCCCCUUAUCCCGAGAACGGGGAACAUUGCAGCCCCCCCGCUGCCAAGCAGCCCCGGCAUGAGGAGCAACAGAGAGUCCUGCUCUACGUGCGGACCGAGUCGGAGGAGGUGUUCGACGCCCUAAUGCUCGGCUCGCCCACUCUCCGGGGACUCAAAAUGGCGAUUUCAGAAAAGUACAACCUGCAGGAAGACACAAUUGGGAAAAUCUACAAGAAAUGCAAAAGAGGGAUCUUCGUCAACAUGGACGACAACAUCAUCGAACACUACAGCAACCACUCCGCCUUCCUGAUGGAGAUCUCGGAGGCCAUGGGCCAGUUUCAGGUCACCCUCACGGAGUUAUAAUUGGGGUGCGGGGGACUGGAGGCCCCGGAAGUCUGUGGGAGUCCAGUCCCACCAAGCAAUUUCAAAACUUUUUAAAAAGCACUGUCACUCCGGAGCCAGAGAUCCCAUCGGACUGCGCCCCACAGAAUUCCAGAACGGGAAAACCAGCAGUUCACCGCAAACAAAGCCAGGCUUUCAAACAGAUGCUAAACAUUGCCAUUGUAUAUAUCUCUUCUAAUAACCCCUUUUUAUAUUUUAUAAUUAUUAUUUUUUGGGGGGAGCGUAAACAAAUAUUUUAUAACGUGAAAGCAUUUAUGAUUAAUAUGCUGUAAAUAUUUUAUGUAAAUAGACAUAAUUAUUGGACAGGGAGCUGUUUGCCUGCAGUUUUUGCUGUUAGCUGUUGCUAUUUCAAUUAGCCGAAAGUGUACGCUAUCGCGCCAUUCACUUCUCAAGCUGCCAUUUGCUGCUUAAAAAAAAUAGUUUUCAUUCCUUUUUUUUUUUUUGCAAAA